CAUGGUGGUACUUGUCAUUCUCUUCUCAUCCACCUUUCUCCUACUUUUUUUCUACAGAACAAGAAGAACAAGAGCGCGUCUUCCACCAGGUCCGCCGGGUCUUCCUCUCAUAGGCAAUUUUCACCAGCUUCUUAGCCCUGAACCACAUCGUUACUUGUGGCAUCUCUCCAAGCAAUAUGGUCCUCUCAUGUUCCUGCGCUUUGGCGUCAAGCCGACCAUAGUUGUUUCCUCUGCCACAAUAGCCAGACAAGUCAUGAAAACCCACGACCUCGUAUUUGCUAGCAGACCAUCCUUGCUUGGUCAAAGGAAAUUGUCUUACAAUGGCUUAGACUUGGCUUUCACUCCCUACGGUCACUAUUGGAGAGAAAUGAGAAGAUUGUGUGUCCUCCACCUGUUUAGUUCCCGACGAACCCAAUCCUUUCGUCCCAUACAAGAAGAUGAGGCUGUGCGAAUGAUUCGAAAGUUGUCUCAAUCUGUUGCAUCUCACAGGGUAAUCAACUUGAGUGAGACAUUGCUAUCUUUCACUAGCACUUUGAUUUGUAGGAUUGCUUUCGGGAAAAGGUAUGAGGCAGAAGAUGAAGGAGGUGAGAGAAGUAGAUUCCAUGAACUGUUGAAGGAAGCUCAGGCUUUGAUGGCAGAAUUUUACUUCUCAGACUAUUUGCCAUGGCUGGGGUGGGUUGAUACGCUCAGAGGACUUACCAGUCGAUUGGAUCAAACCUGCAAGCAGCUUGACUUGUUCUACGAAAAAGUCAUCAAAGAUCACAUGAAUCCAACAACGCCUCAUCAAACCGACCAACAAGACAUCAUUGAUAUCUUCCUUCAGAUAAAGGACGCUAGUUCAACCUCGGUUGAUCUCACCUUGGAUCACAUCAAAGCUUUACUCAUGAACAUAUUUAUAGCAGGAACAGACACGAGUGCAGCGACAGUAGUUUGGGCGAUGACCGCAUUGAUGAAAAAUCCCAGAGUGAUGAAAAAGGUACAAGAUGAAAUCAGAAAGUUAUAUGGGGAGAUCAAAGAUUUUAUACGCAUAGACGAUAUUGAAAGGCUUCCUUAUUUCAAAGCGGUGGUGAAGGAGACUCUCAGACUGUUCACACCUGUGCCCUUACUAGUGCCACGAGAAUCCAUGCAAAGGUGCAACGUAGAAGGGUACGAGAUUGAACCCAAGACUCUAGUUUUAGUGAAUGCAUGGGCCAUAGGUAGAGACCCUGAGACAUGGGAAGACCCAGAAAAAUUUUAUCCAGAAAGGUUCUUCAACUGCUCAAUAAACUUCAAAGGCCAAGAUUUUGAGCUGAUUCCUUUUGGAGCUGGUCGUAGGAUUUGUCCUGGAAUUCAAAUGGGAGUAAUCAAUGCGGAGCUUGCACUUGCUAAUCUUCUUCACUCUUUUGAUUGGGAAUUGCCUGCUGGGAUUGAGGAGCAAGACAUUGAUACAGAGGUCAUGCCAGGAUUAACCAUACACAAGAAAAAUGAUCUCUGCUUAGUCGCUAAGAUCCAUGAAACUAAACCAAUUUCUAGGCCUAUUAUUGACAUAGGUUUCCAAUGUUAUAGAGUAUGA